UGAUUUUCCUGGUAAAGUUUGAUUAAUGACAUUUUGGAAAAAAAUGUGCAUUUUCUGCCUGUAAUAAAAACGACGUGUUGCUAUAGAAAUACAGACACGUUAUCUGUUUACAGUCAUAAUAUUACCAAAAAAAUAGUUUGGUCAGGACUAUUUUUGAUAGUGAAGUGAAUAAUGAAGGUUGAUUGUAUAAGAAGAAUCUUUUGCUAUUUUUUCAUGAAAUUAGGAAAUAUGGUUGGACGCCAUCCAUAUUAUUUUGUCGUUUCACCAAUAAUUUUGUCUAUGAUUCUCUCGAUAUUUAUCACGAAAUUAACACCAAGUAAAAAUUUUGAAGUAAUAUUAACUCCGGAUACAGGAAAACUAUUUAAAAUUAAAAAAUUCAUUAAAGAAAACUUUUCAUAUAAUUCAAGUCAAUUUUCUGAUCAGAUGAGAAUCCCCGAUGUACCCAAUUUUAUAACAAUACAAAUAUUAAAAAAAGAUGAAGCAAAUAUGUUUGAUAAAAGUACUCUUUCAGAAGUAAAACUGGUUGAUAAUAUCAUACAAAAUAUAACAUUAGAAGCUGAUGGAAAGUUAAUACACUACGACGAUGUGUGCGCACUUAUGCACAAAAAAUGCUUUGAAAAUCCUAUUAUUGAGGUGAUAUCGGAAGUGGGAAUAGACUCAAUAGUUCAAAAGAGAAAGAAGCUGAAAUAUCCAAUAGAAAUAGAUUACUUAUCUUUCACUUAUAAAGCCUAUUUUAUAAAUUUAGGAGGUGUUACAGAAGAUAAUCAAAAUUUUGUAGAAAAAGUUAAUGCCAUUCAGCUGAUGUAUGCAACCGAUGUUAAAAAUGAAGUGAAAAAGAAAUUGUUCGAUAAAUGGUCCAACCGUGUUUAUGAGGAAAUUCAAAAAUAUCAUUUUACAUAUGUCAAAGUUAUCCCAUACUCACCAUUAGCAAUAGAAAAUGGUUUUCGUACAGAAUUUGAUAGAACAAAACCAAAGAUAGGAGUUUUGGUCGCAAUUAUGAUUGGUCUUUCGAUGUUUCUCAACAUGAGCAAUAGUUGGGUCAGAAGUAAACCUCUUCUCGGUUUUGCAAGUGUGAUAAAUGCUGGUUUGGCCGUUGUAUCGUCUUUUGGAUUAAUGGCAGCAUCGGGUGUGGAAAAUACUUACUGGAAUGCGACUAUUCCAUUUUUAGUUCUUGUGACCGAGAUUGACGACGCUUUCGUGUUAAUAGGAUGUUGGAGGAUCACUAAUCACGAACAUACAGUUGAAAAACGGUUGGAAGCUACAUAUGUGGAAGCAGGAGUUUCCAUCACACAAACUUCGCUCACAAAUUUCAUUUCGUAUUGCAUCGGAAUGAUGGCACCAUUUCCUUUCAUUAGAAUCUUCAGUUAUUACACGGCAACUUGCAUAGUGUUCAAUUUUGUAUAUCAGAUAACGUUUUUCGGAGGAUGUUUGGCAUUGAGUGGUCACAGAGAAAAGGAAAAACUUCGUGAUAUAAAAUUUGUGAGAUAUGAACGAACUGAAGAAUAUUCUAAUGAAAAUAAUGCCAGAGAAGAAGAAUUUACUAUGGCUCUGUUUAAAAAUUUAUUAGGAAAAAUACUGUCGAAUCCAUUGGUGAAAAUAAUUAUUAUUAUAAUUUUUAUUAUUAAUUUAUCGUUAGGAAUUCGCGGCACAUUUUUCAUAGAAGACGGUCUUAAAUACGAACAUUUUUUUGCAAAAGACUCUCUAAUUACAGAAGGCAUUAGAACAAAUUUCAAGUAUUUUACACGUUACUCAUAUCCUUUUCACAUAAUUAUUAAUGAAACGUUGGAUUACUCAAACAUAAAAACUCAAAAGUCGAUAGAAACUCUGUUAAGAAAAUUCGAAGAACAUCCCAAUAUCGCUGGAGAAGAAUUCACUGUAUCCUGGAUGAAAUUCUACAAAGAAUUUCAGAAAACUCCCGUAGCAAAAUUUUCUUUACAAGGUUACAAUAUGUCAAAUGAGCAAGACUUCAUCGAUGGGCUACGCAAUGUAUUUUUUAAUAUCAGAGCUGCCCAGUCAUUUUCUAAUGAUGUCGUCUUCAACAGCAACAACACUAAUAUAAUAUACAGUAGGUUUUUUAUUAUGGGAAAAGAAUUAAAUUCGUCACAAACAGAAACAGAUUUAUUAAGAGAUUUAUUAAAAAUUGCAGACGAAUCCGACGUUGCUGUCCUAGUGCAUUGUAUUAAGUCAAGUGUAAUUGAACAAGGAAUCAUCAUUCGACAAAUGAUUUAUCAAUUGUUUUGGAUCACUGCUGUACUGAUUACGGCAACCUUUUUAAUAUUCGUACCGAGCAUAUUAGUCUCAAUUGUUGUUGCAAUAUCUGUAGUAUGUACAGUUGUCGAAACUUUAGGUUACAUGUCUCUGUGGGGGGUCAACUUAGAUAUUAUUUCAAUGAUGAGUCUUAUUUUAUGCGUGGGAUUUAGCGUGAAUUAUCCUGCUCAUAUUUCGUACGCUUAUUUCAUGUCACAUUGUAAAACAGCGAAUGAAAAACUAAAAGACUCUCUGUAUCGUUUAGGCUUUCCAAUACUGCAAGGAUCUAUGACCACAGCAUUAGGAAUAUUAAUUUUAUAUUCUGAUACAUAUUUUCUUUUGACAUUUGUGAAAAUUGUAAUUCUUGUUGCUAUGGAAACGGCUUUUCACGCGUUAUUUUUUAUUCCAGUCAUUCUGUCGCUUGUUCUUGCUAUUUUUUAAAACACGUAAUUCGUUUCCUAUUCUCUCGUAAUUUGUGAAAAAAAUUUAUGGCAUAUUCAGGAAUAGAGGAUAAAUAAUCGGAUAAUAUUCGAAAGAUUUAUUAUUUACGUUAAUUCCAAUUUUAUUUUGAUACAAAUUGUGAAUAAAAUUUACCAAUUUUUUUCUGUGUUUAAUUUUUACACAUCAGUUGGGAUAUUGACGAAUAUCCGCUAACGCUGAAAAUAUGUAACAAGUUAUUAUUUAAAAGUAAUACGAAAAUACCUUAAAGUAUUUACUAUGUGUAAGCAUUAAAUAUUUAUUAUUAUAGUCAAAGGGAUUUAUUUAAUUUCGAAACUCACUUUAUUACAGGGUAUUUUUUCUUAGGUAACUAGUAAUCACUAUUUAGAUGUAUUAUAUUGAGAACUUUUCUAAUUGUGUAUUUUUUAUUGUUAUUUUUCAUAUUUUCAUGAAUAUUUGUUAAAGAAUGAAAACAAUAUGUAUUCAUAAUUUACGCAAAAGUGUAUUUACCAUGUAAUUGUUUUUCUGGAACGCAUGAUGUAACUGUAAGCCCUGUCGUUAUUCUAUGAAAUGAAUGCUGUAAUUGUUAUCCUAAUACAGUUGGAAUCCUAACAUUUUGAACAUUAACAAUUCUUAUCCGUAUUUCACAAUGAAGCUCUUUCGAUAGACAUUAAGCUCUACAUCCAUUUCUAUUUCGAUGUUUCAUUAUACAUUUGAUUCUUUGUUCUGCAGAAGAUUAAGAAAUUAUAAUGUAAAUUUAUUAUCUGUACUUUCCGCGAUACUUAAACAUGCUGUAUAUAAAUUUUGAGUAGGUUUUGCCUAAGUGGACAUUUGUAACUUAUCAAUUGUUAUACCUGUACACGUGUAUAGAUCCAACCUGGCAGAGUCGGUCAUGCUAACUAUAGAGAAUAAAAUUAAAGCAUAAUCGAAAAUUUUUUAAAGCUAUGCAGAUGACUGUUAUAUAUUGUACAACGAGACAAAUAAACUACGUAACGAGAAACUCAGUAUGUCCUACAGAUAAUGAAGUAAAACUUGAAUCACAGAAACAAACGAGUUCGAAACUAGUGUGUAUUCAUUUUACUAUUGUUAAAAGAGAAAUAAGUUUAGGUUAUGAAAAAUUUGUAAAACCGAUAAUAGUUCGAAAAAUAAUAAAGUUUUAUCUGUGGCACCUGUUAAUCUAAAAAGAAAUGUCUUGAAUUUGCAGACAGAAACUGUUUGUAAUAGAAUCCGAUUUAAAAACAGGCAACACAAAGAAAGUGUAUAUGUAAUAAAUACGUUAAAUGUUACACAAGAAGUCUA